GUCACAGGCGCCAGCCUAGAUCCCGGAGCCACCCUGUUGCUGCUGACGCCGAAACCUUCGGCGUCUCCAAGAGAGUCCCUGGCAGCGAACAUCGCUGCCAAGUGUCUCAAACUCCACGAUGAGGCGGCGGCGAGACCGGAAGGAGGUCAGAGUGUCGUUAGCCCAGCGCUGGCCCCGUGCAAGCAGACGCUGCCGGAGCGAAAGCCUGAAGCAAAGUUGGCUGGCGCUUCAGCUGGCGCUUCAGCUCCUUUGGUGGAGGCCACGGCUGGCCCAACGUACCGCGUCCUGUCACAUACACCGGCGACGCCCCGAACAACCGAGACGUCGAUGUGGCAAAAGAUCAUCGAGUGGGAGCACUUCAGCGUGGACAACUGGUUGAAGGAUGCCAACACGCACGGCCGAAACGCGGCCGAGCAAGUGUCUGACCUGACAAAGAUGGUGGGGCAGAUGCAGGCCUUGAUCCGCGUCAUGGCUGGCCAGUUGAAGGUUUCUGCAACAGCUGGAUCGAUGCCUGGCGGCGUUCGUCAACGAACGGAUGUCUCGAGCAUGGAUGCCACUUCGCCGAGGAUGGCGCUGAAUAGCCCAUAUGCCACACCCUCCCGGCAAAUCCACAACAUGCCUACGCACGCUUUAGCAUCGACCGGCAAUCUGGCUGCAUGUUCCCCAAGGCAUCCUGUGAGUGGGGAGGAGACUUCCUCCCCACUAACUCGAAGCUGCUCUGCGAACUAUCCUGUAGGUACGAUCCUGUCCCACAAAGGCAGCGGCCUUUUGAGUAUUGUCGGGGAGGUCCAGUCGCCAGCAACAGUCAAACGGGACCUUUCGCCAUCAGAGUUUCGCCAAGUGCAGGCAGCCCCAAAGGCAAGCCAGCAAAGCCGGAGCCCAGCGUAUUGGAUGUCCCCCUGGCAGCAGUCUGCCACGGUGUCGCAGCCACUCCAGCCAGCUCCGGCGCACGUGCAGGAUGGCCAUAUUCUGCACUCGCCGAGGACGGAGCAAGGCCCCGUCGAAGGCCAGCGAUCACCGCUCCCUCCUGUCUCCUCCCAAUAUGUGAAGACUGCCCAUCCCAACUCAGCUCGGACACCUGCGCCGGGUGCGAUCCCAAUCCUGGCUGAGGGCGGCUCCACUGCCUUGCGCUGGGAGCCUUCUCCAUACAGGGUUCGCCUGGUUUCCGGAUCUGCUGCCAAGGUGCAUGUGGCUCCCGUUGCGGGUGCCCGGACUGCGGCUCCGCAGGUUGUCGCACCACAUCAUGUUGCUGUGCGGAUCGGUGAGGUCCGCAGAGAGCUUGGUUCCAAGCGCUCGAAGGUUCAGAAGACAGGUGCCAAGAAAGCGAAGAGUGUGACGUCAGCAAGCACCCGGCGGGGCUUGACAGGAAAAGAGGUGAAAAGACUGAGCAAGGGCCUCAUGCAAAACGCCUUGCGGUCACAGCUGAAGAAGAAGUCCGGAAGAAAGGAUAUCCGGAUCAAGGAGCAGCCGCAAUUGGUCUAUGAGGCGUCCAGCGCUGUUCCGAUCACGGACCGUGCAGGGUACCCUGUGGUGAGGAAGAAGGGCUCUGUGGACCCCAAGAACUGGGUCAGUGCCACCGGCGUCAAAGUUGAGGUUGACUUCAGCCGAUGCUCAUGGCUCCCUGAUGAUUGGGGGCAGGGAGUCAAGAUCACCAAGCCGAACUCGCGCAGCAAGGCUGGUGGUAAUGGCGGCACCUUAACGACGUUCGUCAGCCCUGAAAUGAAGAUGUAUUUUCACAAGGAGAAGGUUGAGGAACAUGUGGGCCGAAAGCUGACCUCAAAAGACGGCUUCCAGGGCCAGGUCCGGCUCGCGCGCCUUCAGGCGCAGCAGACGAUCCAGCUGGCACGCCAGCAAAUCAAAGAAGUGAGCAAAGGUGGAGCCCCGUCAUUCAUCGGGGCCGACAAGGACUCUGAAUUCUUCAGCCUGCUUUCCCGCCAAGAGAAGAAGUACCUUCCAUCCAAAGAUGAGUUCCACUUCGCUGUGGUUUCGGCCCGCCGUGCUACCAAGCUCGAGGGUGUGCGUGACAUUGUGUCGGUGCAGAUGCAGCUCCAGGAAGCUGGCGUUACACCAACCUGGUACGUAGAUGCCGAGAGCCUGGAGGACUACAAGGCGCUUGGCCUCAAGGCUGUGGUAGGUGGCAAGCUCACGCCCUCACGCAACAAAGCACUGAACGAUGCGGCAGCCAGCAAGAAAAUCUGCGUUCAGCUCUCGGACGAUAUUUCGGCCUGGGAAUACCGUCAUGGCAAGAAGGCUGCGGAGCGCACAGAUGAUGCAAUGAACCAAGCAUAUGCCGCCGCGCGACGUUUCAUCGUGACUCCUGUGGCUGCAGCCCGCUUCAUUGUCGCCAAGAUGCGAGCCUCUGAUGAGAAACCGAAGCUUGGAGGCGUCUACAUGCUUGGAAGCUGCGCGCGGACUUUCGCAGGUCCCCAGCUUUGA